UUCAGGGCCAAUCAGAGGCGGCGAGGCUUUUGCAACUCCACGUCGGCAGCAGCUGCGGGGCAAAAUGGAGGCGCUGAUUUUGGAGCCCUCCCUGUACACCGUCAAGGCCAUCCUGAUUCUGGACAAUGAUGGAGACCGACUCUUUGCCAAGUACUAUGACGACACCUACCCCAGUGUCAAGGAGCAAAAGGCCUUUGAGAAGAACAUUUUCAACAAGACCCAUCGGACUGAUAGUGAAAUUGCCCUCUUGGAAGGCCUGACAGUGGUAUAUAAAAGCAGCAUCGAUCUCUAUUUCUAUGUAAUUGGCAGCUCCUAUGAGAAUGAGCUGAUGCUUAUGGCUGUUCUGAACUGCCUCUUCGACUCUCUGAGCCAGAUGCUGAGGAAAAACGUAGAGAAGCGAGCUCUGCUGGAGAACAUGGAGGGGCUCUUCUUGGCAGUGGAUGAAAUCGUAGAUGGAGGGGUGAUCCUAGAGAGCGAUCCCCAGCAAGUGGUGCACCGUGUGGCUUUAAGGGGUGAAGACGUCCCCCUUACAGAGCAGACUGUGUCUCAGGUGCUGCAGUCAGCCAAAGAACAGAUCAAGUGGUCACUCCUUCGAUGAAGACGGUCUAUGCCCAGCUCCUCACCCCUCAAAACCCCCACUGCUGUGGCUUCUCAUCCAGGCCCCUAAUUGAUGCUCUCAGGGUCAUCUUGGAGAAUCACAGGGGACCCUUGCAUCUCCUUCCUCUCUGGGGUUGUCCCCCUUCCUUCCUUUUUCUGGGAGUAAAGUACCCAGCAGAUUUGAAUGAGGCAGGGGAAGCACAGGCUUCCUGGCCCCUCCACCCCCACAUUCUCUCCCGAGCUCCUUGGCCCUUUGCUGUGGCUGCACUUCAGAUCAAAGCAGAAGAAUGUGCUGAGUGUUUUCCUCCCUUUGCCUUAACCAGCCUUCAUCCCACCAGCCCAUAUGUACAGCAAAGGAGGAGGGCUCUUCCUGCAGCACAAGUAGGGGUGGAAUGCAGGGGCCGAGGAUUCACCUCAGCGGCUUCUCUUCCUUCCUGCUGCCCUGUCCUCCACCUUGGACAGAUUUCGAACAGCUUCCUGGGAGGGGACAGGGUGGUGGGAAGAGAUAUAAAUGCUCUUGGACAGGACUCUUGAAAUACAUUUUCUAUCCUGUUGCUGGCCAUCAGCACCCAGGCUACUGUGGCCCACAAGUGGUCCUGGGAGGAUCCCACUCUGGCUCUGUACCAUGCCUCUCUACCUGUGUCACCCUGAGAUCGAUGUCUGCUCUGUCCUCCUAUUCCUAGUGCCCUGGAGCAAAACCAGUCCUUGGAACUAAAACUACUUUCUAGUCUCCAGAAGAGUUUCUGCUCAGAAUGGAGAAAGGAAGGGGCCUUAAUGCCUGGGGCCUUGAGGUAUUCAGUCCCAGUCCUUUUUCUUGGGUCUGCACUCUGCCUUCCAGCUCUCCCUCUCUGCCUCAGCCUUCCAUAGAAGCUGAGAGUCUGGGCCUAGUCCUUGGCUCAGUCAAUGCCUUUCCGCUGAGGUUUGGAUUCCCCAGAAAGACAGGAUGGAAGCCCCACUCUGGCUCUAAUGUUUCCCCUUGACCCCACACUCCCUCCCUAUGAAAACGUCUUAUGAAAACCUAGCUAAGACAAGCAUUCUGCCCCGUGCAUUGGCUGAUGGGAGCAGAAUUGAGACGGCCCCUGUGCAAGAGAUGGAGUCAGGAGACACCAUCCACCUUGUACAGCUCUGCACCAGAGGAAUAAAGCGAAUCUUCCAAACUGCC